AUGAAAAUGGUAAAGAAGUAUUCUCCUGAUAUUCCUAAGAAAAAGAGAACUCCAGCGUGUGCUCAAUGCAGAAAAAGAAAAAUUGGGUGUGAUAGAGCCAGGCCUAUGUGUGGGAACUGUGUGAAAUAUGGAAAGACCGAUUGUUUUUACCCAGAAACCCCAGGUGCGUUUAUCUUAAAGGAUGAUGGAUCCGUUCUACCAGCACCAGCAGGUACACAUCCAAAUUCUAAAAAAAAUCAACCCUUUAGACAAAAUGACCUUCUAAAUGUUUCCGCUGCCAACAACCUACUAGGUACAAAUACAACCCCAAUCAAUCCUGCCACUCAAGCUUAUUACGAAAGAAUGGCCGCUUCUUUGAGUUCAAAUAUUGCUGGCGUGUCCUCCAAUGUUAAUUACAACAAUUCUACUACUACUGCCACCACCCCUACUGGAGCUGCUACAGGUUCGUUUUCUAAUAUCACUUAUAACACUGUUUAUAGUAAGUAUAAUCAGCAGAAUAAUAAUAAUCACCCAGAUUUUGCUAUUAAUCCUGCCAUUUUUGAUACAUGCGAGGUGUCUUAUCUGCAACAGGAUAGUCUAAACGAAGAAUUGCAAUUUGUUAGAAAUAGAUUAAGGGAACUAGAGAAUCUACAAAAAAAAAUAAAUUCAGAUAAUAAUAAAAGACCGAGUUCAUCCUUUUUUUCAAAAAACAACGAUUAUGCAGACUAUAUAGAUAAGACAAACAAAAAGGUGAAAACAGAAAGUAUCGAUCCAGAUCUAUUUGACAAGGACAAUGGAGAAUUUUCCAUCUUUGUGAAUAACGUAGCCCAUAAAACCCCCUAUUCUGAUAACACAAGUUAUUUUGGUGGGAUAUUUACUGUAACCAAGUUGUUUUCUGUAUCUAAUAAGCUCCAGAAAGUUAAGAACAAAGCAAUGAACUCCCUAAGGGAACAUACGUUCUAUAAGACGUUAGAUACAAAUACUUUGGACAAUUUGAUUACUGUCCCAGUCACUGAACUAUUUGUCCCUAUUGAUAUUGAUACAUGUUUAUACACAUGUGCCAGAUUUGAUACAAAUUUUAUUUACUAUAAAAUAUUCCCUGAGGGCUUAUUCCAUUCAUACGGUAAUAUCAAAGCAUUCCUAACAACUUUGGACCAUAAAGACAUUAAAGAUGAUGCAACUUUACCAGAUACCCCAAACAUCAAGAGACAUCCGGAUUGCAUAAGAAAAGCUGGGAAAACAGAAAUUUCCAAGCAGUAUAUCUAUAGUUUGGUGGAGGUAUCAUUUAUCUUAUUAUUCACAUAUUAUUCUAUUUCCUACAGUGUUUUGUCUAAACCCUUUGACAACGAUAGCGCCUCUUCUUCCCUGCAACAAAAAUAUUUUGAAAGUUUGGCAGAAAUGGUUCCUUAUUUGGAAACUAAUCUUAGAUAUGCUGAGUGGUAUUACGGUGCAAAUUUUAGCAAUAUUUCCAUUCAAUUAACAGAUAAAAUGAAAAUUUUCACAAUGUUAAAUUUAUAUCAUUUUCAUAUCGAGAAACAAGAGUUUUUUUCCAAUGCGGAUUUUUGCUGUGCUAUUGAUAUAAGCGAUAAUUAUAAUGGUAAAAUGCCAGCAGAUUUAACAAAAUACGUGAUUAAACAGCAUUUUAUGAGAAACUUUUUGUUUGGAUACGCUCCCUUUAGCUUUGGUUCCGAGGACCAUUCUGGUUCAGUGGACAACGGAUUUAGUUUUAUUGAAGAAAAAGAUAAAAUGAUACACAAUAGUAUUUAUAAUAUUCAGCAGAAUAAAAUUAAAUAUUCAUUAAAACAGAUAGAAGAAUUUAUCAAAGAUUGGGAUAUUUUCAAAUCUGGUGAUCCAUUGCCUGUUAGUAAUGGUACGAACGACAACAAUGGCACCGACAAAAUUGCUAAUAAUGUUCUUAACGGUAUUAGUACUGGCAGAAAUAACGAUACAGACAACAACCGUUUCAUUGCACCAGCAGAAGUACAUAAAGUAUUAGACAAAACAAUUUCCGAGUUAUUAUAUCAUAAUAUGAUGGUGUAUAUGAAAACUUAUUAUAUUUUUAAUGCUUUACAAUCCCAACAGCAAAAUAGUUCAGAGGAAGAAGAAAGAAUAAGGACCCAGAAUGAUCAACUAUAUCAGGACUUUUUUCAAACUGUAUUACAAGCAGUUGUCGUCGUUUUCAAAAACUUAUCUAGACUAGAAUUGGCCUCGUACCAAUUGUUCUAUAGCGGAAUUUGUUUCAAUAUAUUAUCCGCUGCUUGUUGCGCGAUAUUUACCCUGUAUGAAUAUAAUCCCAUUAAACUAAGAAUUCUAUUAUGUAAAAUAUUAUUUUUACUUAACGAUUUGACUUCCAACCUGAAAGUUAAAACCCCAUUCAUUAAUGAAGUUUCGACGUUGUUAAAAUUAUUUUUGUCAAACACCAAAAAGGGAGAAGAAGAAGAGAAGAAGUCUGAUAUUACUGAUGAAGAUGUUAAAAAGAAACCCGUAUCGAGACAGUUUAGCAAGAAAGUUUUAGAAAAACUUGAUGAAUUGAGUAAUACCAUAAUAAAUGAUGAACGGUUUGACCCUAGUAAAGAAGAAGAAUUGACUAUAGACGAAUCAAACUUUCCUUAUAUAUGUAAUAUGUUUAAGUAG